CCCGCCCGCGCCGGCUUCCGCUGGCGCGUGGUUUCCGGAGCGGAUCGGAACCCGGAGCGCGGAUCCGAUCCGGGUCUGGCCAUUCCCGGGGCAGGUUUAAAAUAAUGGCUGAAGAUGGCAGUGAGGAGAUUAUGUUUAUUUGGUGUGAGGACUGUGGGCAGUACCACGAUUCAGAGUGUCCUGAGCUGGGCCCAGUGGUGACAGUCAAAGACUCCUUUGUAUUGAGCAGGGCAAGAUCAUCUCUGCCUUCUAAUUUGGAGAUAAGACAGCUAGAGGAUGGGACUGAGGGAGUGUUUGCUCUGACUCAGCUGGUGAAACGUACCCAGUUUGGCCCCUUUGAAUGCAAGAGAGUUCUCAAGCUGGAGAAAGAAUCAGUUUUUCCCCUGAAGGUGUUCCAGAAGGAAGGGCCCCUGGUGUAUUUUGACACCACAAACGAAGAUGAUUGCAACUGGAUGAUGAUGGUGCGCCCAGCCACCGAGUAUGAGCACCAAAACCUCACAGCCUUCCAGCAUGACAAUGACAUUUACUUCACCACCUGCCAGGACAUCCCCCCAGGAACUGAGCUGCGAGUGUGGUAUGCAGCUUUUUACGCCAAAAAAAUGGAAAAGCCAGUGCUGAAGCAGGUCACUAGUGUUGCCAAUGAUACAUCCUUGGUAGCAACGGAGUCUGAUAAAGAGGGGAAUAAUAAUGUCUCUUCAAAACCUUCAUCUGCUGUCUUACCCCAUAAAAAAAACAAGAAAUCCAGCAUGCUAGCAGCUGAUCCAGCAGUGAACACUCCAGAAGGCAGUGGAACAGCAGAAGCAAAGCCCAACCAGUGGACGUGUAAAGUGUGUUCAUCUGCUUUCCAAGAGCCCCAGCUGCUGACAGAGCACUUGCUGAGUCACCUGGAACAAGCCAAAGGUGCCUCCCCAAGCAGCCAAAAUGAUGCUGAGAAAGCAGCAGAGGCUGUGCCAGCAGAUCAACCAGUGACAAGUGAUGCAGCCAGUGCCAGCACAGACUCGAGGAGAAAGGCCAGGAGGGGAAGAAAAGCCAAAACAGCAAAAGUAGAAACACCUCUUGUCAUUGAUGAAGAGAAAGAUUCUGCAGUGGAACGUGUGGCUGACGCUGUCACCAAGGUCCCUCCAGAGGAGGUGGCCCUGCCUCCAGCUCCAGAAGAGAGGAUUAUGGAUCUGGUUUUAGGAACAAUGCCCAGCAGCACAAACAGCAUCAACUCAGUGACAAAUAGGUUUGCUCAUCACCAAAACACCAUGUCCCUCAAAAGAAGUUUCAUUCUCUCCAGUAGACACGGGAUUCGGCGGAAGCUGAUAAAGCAGCUGGGGGAGCACAAGAGGGUCUAUCAGUGCAGCAUCUGCAGUAAGAUCUUCCAGAACAGCAGCAACCUCAGCAGGCACAUCCGUUCUCAUGGUGACAAACUGUUUAAAUGUGAGGAAUGUGCAAAGCUGUUCAGCAGGAAGGAGAGCUUGAAGCAGCACGUUUCAUACAAGCACAGCAGGAAUGAAGUGGACAGUGAGUACAGAUACAAGUGCACCACGUGUGAAAAGGCCUUUCGGAUAGAGAGUGCAUUGGAAUUCCACAACUGCAGGACAGAUGACAAGACAUUCCAGUGUGAGAUGUGUUUCAGAUUCUUCUCUACAAACAGCAACCUUUCAAAACACAAGAAAAAGCAUGGGGAUAAGAAGUUUGCAUGUGAGAUCUGCAAUAAGAUGUUCUACAGGAAGGAUGUCAUGCUGGACCAUCAGAGGCGGCACUUGGAAGGGGUGAGGCGUGUGAAGAGAGAAGACUUUGAGCACAGCACGGAGAGCAUGGUUCGCUACAAGAAGGAGCCCUCGGGCUGCCCCGUGUGUGGGAAGGUAUUUUCAUGUAGGAGCAACAUGAACAAACACCUUCUAACACAUGGAGACAAGAAAUACACCUGUGAGAUCUGUGGACGUAAAUUCUUCAGGGUGGAUGUGCUGAGAGAUCAUAUUCAUGUCCAUUUUAAGGACAUAGCCCUAAUGGAUGACCACCAGAGGGAAGAGUUCAUUGGUAAAAUUGGAAUCUCAUCAGAGGAAAACGAUGACAACUCUGAUGAAAGUGCAGAUUUAGAGCCUCACAAGUAUAGCUGCAAAAGGUGCCAGCUGACCUUUGGCAGAGGGAAGGAGUACCUGAAGCACAUCAUGGACGUGCACAAGGAGAAGGGUUAUGGCUGCAGCAUCUGCAACCGGCGCUUCGCCUUGAAGGCCACGUACCACGCGCACAUGGUCAUCCACAGGGAGAACCUGCCCGACCCCAACGUCCAAAAAUACAUCCAUCCAUGUGAAAUCUGUGGCAGGAUUUUUAACAGUAUAGGAAAUCUGGAAAGACAUAAGCUUAUACAUACAGGUGUAAAAAGUCAUGCUUGUGAGCAAUGUGGCAAAUCAUUUGCUAGAAAAGACAUGUUAAAAGAACAUAUGCGAGUCCAUGAUAAUAUCCGAGAAUACUUGUGUGCAGAGUGUGGCAAAGGGAUGAAGACAAAACAUGCCCUUCGUCACCACAUGAAGCUGCACAAAGGGAUUAAGGAAUACGAGUGCAAGGAAUGUCACCGAAAAUUUGCUCAGAAAGUCAACAUGCUGAAGCAUUACAAGAGACACACAGGAAUCAAAGAUUUCAUGUGUGAGCUCUGUGGCAAGACGUUCAGCGAGAGAAACACAAUGGAGACUCACAAGUUGAUUCAUACAGUAGGAAAACAGUGGACGUGUUCAGUGUGUGAUAAGAAGUAUGUGACUGAUUACAUGCUGCAGAAGCACAUCCAGCUCACCCAUGACAAGGUGGAAGCCCAGAGCUGUCAGCUGUGUGGCACAAAGGUUUCUACCAGGGCAUCCAUGAGUCGACACAUGAGGCGUAAACACCCAGAGAUUCUUUCAGUGAGGAUUGAUGAUUUAGAGCCACUGCCAGAGACAACCACCAUUGAUGCCUCUUCAAUUGGGAUUGUUCAGCCGGAAUUAGCCUUGGAACAGGGUGAUCUACCAGAAGGGAAGCAGCACAUAAAAGCUCCUAAAAGUGGCCAGAAAAGAAAACAAAAGUCAGGUGAGGAGGAGGAAGCUCAAGUGCCUGAGGACCCUGCCUUCAGUGAAUACACAGAGAAGGAAGGUGAAUUCACAGGGAAUGUUGGAGAUGAAACUAAUUCAGCUGUACAGAGCAUCCAACAGGUGGUGGUGACCCUCAGCGAUCCGAACGUCACAGCCCCCUCCAGCUCGGUGGGACUCACCAACAUCACCGUCACCCCCAUCACCACGGCAGCUGGCACCCAGUUCACCAACCUGCAGCCCGUGGCCGUGGGCCACCUGUGUCCCCCGGAGCGGCAGCUGCAGCUGGACAGCUCCAUCCUGACGGUCACCUUCGACACCGUCAGCGGCUCGGCCGUGCUGCACAACCGCCAGAGCGACAUCCAGCUCCCACCACAGCCCGAGGCUCCCAACCCUCAGUCCGUGGCCCAUUUCAUAAACCUGACCACCCUGGUGAACUCCAUUGCUCCCCUGGGGAACCAGAUGACAGAACAGCACCCCCUGAGCUGGAGGUCAGUGCCUCAGACUGAUGUGCUGCAGCCCCCGGCGCCGGCCACGCCGCAGCAGCCGGGCCAGCAGCCCGUUCAGACAGAGCAGCAGCAGCAGCAGAUGUACAGCUACUAAUUUAUACUUGGGGAAGUGCUGGCGUGGACAGUACUCAGAGACACAGAAAAACACACAGACCUUUGGAAAAUUUCUACUAGGAUUGUUUGCUGGAUACCAAACAGAGAUGGGAAAAUGUUUAUGCGAUGAAAUUUCAGCUGAAAUUGGCAGAUCACCCUCCAACAACCCGGUCUGAGGUUCUCACGCUGUCUCUAGACCUUUCACUGUCUUAAAAAAUAACAGAAAAGGGAGGAAAAAAAUCUCACCACAAAUUUAGCACCCCCUUUUAGUUGUGCACUAAGAUUGAGAUUUGACAGGUGCAUCAUCAUACACCUUAACCAAAGCAGGGAAAUCCUAAAUUUUGCAGCACUUGCGAUGUACAAAAACCCUUUCAGCCAUACCAUAUCACUUCUUUCCAAGUCUGGAAAUGGCACCUGAAGACCUUGUUCAGAGUGGGUGGAAUGUCCUUGUGGUCAGCUGGUAGAGACUGAAAGUGAAGACACAAAGGGGCAAAACAGGAAUUGUCUUUGUUUCUUAUCUUCUUUAGGUCUUGUAUCUAACAACAUCGGUAAAGUAGGUGGAGUUUGGGGUUUUGGGGUGGGCAUGAGUGUGGUGUGGAAGAAAAUAUUACCAGUUAUUUCCAUUUUAGUCAUGGGAAAAGCCCUGUACCCAUCAGGCAGUGAUAGUGCUACUUGAGCCAGAGAGCUGGUCUAAUGCUGAAGCAAACUUUUAUGGUCUUCUAGUCAAGUUUCAAUCAAACCAAUUACAAACUGAAAGAAGAAUGUGAUACAGUUUUAUGUAAUUUUUAAAACCUCCUCUUUCAAUCUUGCUUUUAGCUAAUAGGCCUGAAGAGCAAUCAGUCCCCUUUGAUGAAGUUCAGGAUGUGAAUUUUUUUCAAUUAGACUUAUUUCAUCCUGUAAUAAACAUUUGAGAAAGCAUUCUUUUUAUAUAUAUAUAUACACACACACACAUAUAUAUAUAUAUAGCCUUUGUAUUUUACUGUGUGUUCCUGGUGAGUAUUUGUGUGAAAAACACUGUUACCAACACAAUUCAUGAAUUCUUUCAUCCCCAUGUUGCUGCUUCUCAUGAAAAAAAAAAAAAAAAAGUAUGGAUUCUGUUCCUUCUGUUCCCAAAUUUCAUUUCCAAAGUUCACAGCCACACGCAAGGUUUUGUGAAGUGCAAGAAAAAGAAAAAGGAAUGUCUGAAGCAUAUUCUGUGUCCUGCCACAGGGAGUCAGUGUGCCCCAGUGUAUAAAGGGAAAGGUUUGCAUGACUGCUGGGAUGCAAAUCCUGGGCUGGGUCAAACACGUCUGUGCUGCCAGAACCCCUUCAUUUCAUUCUCCAGCCAUGGAUGUGCAGUCUGGACUUUUGCAUGUCAAGAAGAUAGUGUAAUUCCCACAGGGAAAAUGUGCUGGUAGCAAAAAGGAAUAAACUAAAUAUAUAUAUAUAUAUAAUAUGCAUAUGCAUAUAUAUAUAUAAAAUGUUGUUGCUUGAAAUCCUGAAGGGCAAAGCCUGCUGUGGCUGAAGAACAAGGUCCUUUGGGGCAGCAGACUGAGCCACAGAACUGUGCUGAAAGGUUUUUUUUCUCUGAGGAUAAAGCAGCUGCUGUGUCUGACAGUGAGGAUGGAUUGGUGGUUGUAAAAAUCCUGUCUGUGCUUAUUGUAUUUAUGAAAAAUUCUAUGUUUUAGCAGAAAUAUGAGUAGGAACGACUUCAGCUUUGAAAGUCUCUAUUAACAUGGACUACUUGACCCUUAAAGGUUGCCUUACAAUCUCUACAACAAAUUCUCCCAAAGUGUAAAUGUCUGGAUAUUAAAAUUAACCUCCAGUGCUUUUCUUGGUGCCAUGGCUGUGUCCAGAGGCUUGGGAUACCAGGGUUUGUGUAAAGCUGCAGGACAGGGAUAGCAAAGGGGUUUCUGGUGACAGAAUUUGUGUGUCAGAGGAGCAGAACUACUUCUGAUUAAAUGUCAACAGGUCUAUUAAAUACCUGCAUGGCAGGGACCAGUAUUUGAUGGGACAAGGAUGCAUAUCAGAAAGAAAGGUACCUUUUAGCCGUGUGGGAAAGAGAAUUUUUAAUUCCCUGCUCACUUCUGUCUUCCUUAGGCACUUUACACACAAAUACUGUGAGAUCCUGUAGUUUUUUAGCCUCCCAAUAUCCUGAGUACAGUUCCUGGAUUAUUUCACCACUGGCUUGAGAUCGUUCAGUUUCUCCUCAGCUGUCCUGCCCACAAUUCUUCUGUUUCACACCAAACCAAUGGGCAAGAGGAACCCAGGUUUUAUAUAUUAAAUAUAUUAUCUACUUGAAACUUCUUUCCCCCCCUCUGUGUUUGCCUAAUUGGUAAAGGCACAUUAUCUUUUGUCAGGUGAAAAAAGGGGAAAAAAGGGAAGGAAAGCAAAUUCUGUGAUCCUGUGAAAUGGAGAGGUCAAGUUGUUGUGGUAAACACAGAAUUUUUACACAGUCAGAGCUUUGUUGAAACACAUGUAAAUGGUGAUUAGACUUUUAACUGGGGAGGAAGAGGUUUUUUACCUUAGCAGAGUCCAUCUUUUCUAUGUUGAUACUACUGACAGUGGCAUUUGUGCUGCAUUGAAUUAACCUGCAUCAUUUUAACACAUAAUUUCCUGCUUGCACUCAGAGGAAAUCAACCUUUAGAGACCUCUCUGGCUUCCCAAAAUCUCUAUCCUAGUAAAAUCCCCUGGUUUUCUGUACUCUUAUGGGGCUUGGCAUCCCUCCCAUGCUACCUGGCCUCAGUAACCUCAUCCAGGCAAUAGGAUCUUGCCUUUCUGGCAGUGGUUGAUUCCAGGUGAUUUUAGAAGGAAUGAUCCCACAGGAAGUGCUUGCAUGCUGGUUUUUACAUAGAAAUGUCCCUCUUCAAUCUCUCAGAAUCCCCAAAAUCAUGGAACAGCCCGGGCUGGAAGGCACCUCAAAAGAUGAUUGAUCUGGUCCAGCCUUUUUCUGGGGAAAGGGAGCAUAGGUGAGGUGAUAGAAUCAUAAAAUCAUCAUUAACCUGUCUAACUGCAUCUUUUAAACCUCCAGUGACACAAGUCUGGGAAGGUUGUUCCAGUGGCUGAUUGUUUUUCCUGUAAAAAUUACCUUAAAUAAUUUUCAGGAGAGGAAAAUAUAACCACUGGAAAGGCUUUGGUUAGGCCAGGCAGUAGAAAGCUCUCUGAGUAUGAUCUUCCCAGAGCACUCCUUUGAGACAGGAUUGUGAGUUUCUCCACAGCCCUUGCUGUGGUGCCUCAUCAUUUCCCAGCAUGAUUUUAUUAUUAUUCCUGUUAUUAACAUCUCUAUGAGAAAACAACUGUAUCUUGGGUGUGCUGCACCAUGGGGAAAAAAAAAUCCAGAAUAAAUUAUUCUGUUUGCUUUUUGUUUCAAAUGGUUUUGUUUGGAGAUGCUGGAAAUUGCUGCCUUUUCAGACAGAGCUUCCCUUGGACAAGCAGUGGCUGCUCUCCCAACUAAGCCUUUUCCAGGUGAAUACCAAAGUUGUACUGAUGCUGUUUCAAAAUGCACAAGAAAUAAAACAACUCCACAAGG